AUGACGACCCAAAAUUCCCAAAUUCCACGAAUAUGCGGCAGCUGUGGCAAGAUACAUAGUCCAUCUGAGCUUUGCUAUACUCCAUUGAAAUGUUGGAAUUGUGGCAAGAAACAUUCGACCACUCGAGAAUUUUGCUACACUUGCAAAUGUUGGACCCCACCCACAAUGAAACGAGCAACACCCGAGGCACCGAAGGAACCUAUUCACUGGCACGAAUUCAUAAUCGCAAAAACGGAUUCAAGUCAAGUCAAGAGCGACCAGUUGAAAAGUGCGGUAGACGCUAUUGAAAAAGAUCAGUAUACUGCAGUCCUUUGCGCCGAAUCACCUGAUAGUCCGUACGCGAAGGACAAUACAGAGAAGAUCGCCGUUUUCUUAUACAGACCCGGAGGAGAUAAGAAGCUGUCGGUUACAAAGCUGGAAGGUAUCUCGGCCAGUUCUAGGAAGUGGGAGGAGAUCAAACUUUCCGAUUGGACAAUGUUUGAAGAAAUAUUAGGAGUGGAUUCGUUACCAUCCAGCUUCCCGACGCCAGACAAUAUUUGUUUACUUGAAGAUGAUGAACUAGACACAGGCUUAGCGGGCUUUAGCGGGGUUGGUUUAAGUACUGGAUAG